AUGACAAGUUGGAUAAAUGGGAAGAAGCAUGCUCCGUCUUCAGAUGCCGCUGCCUAUGCCGAAUGGAAAGAAGAUAAUUGCCUAGUGCAGUCAUGGCUUCUCAAUUCCAUGACUAAGCCAGUUCGUGCCUUAUUUGAACAUGGUGAUACUGCUUUUGAUAUAUGGGAGGCCGCCCGGAAGACCUAUACUGUGACUCAGAAUAGUUCUUGGUUGUUUCAACUUCGACGACAAUCCAUACUUACAUGUCAGAAUGAUGAAUCUGUCAAAGUGUUCUAUGAAAAACUCCAUGCUGUCUGGCAGAAGAUUGAUUGUAUGCAUCCACAUGAGUUUAAUCGUAUCCUUGCUCUUUGUCCUGUCUCGCCCUCUCUCGAAGCUUAUGUCAUGGUCAUGGAGGAAGACACCCGUCAGUCCCCUAUACUUGGAAGAGGUUCAAUGGCCCUCAAAGUUGACCCAGCACGUCAAUGA